ACGUCUCUAUAUCUUUCUAUGGAGUCGUGUUACGUCUUUCUAAUUUGAGAUCUUCUACUACUUGUUCUCUUCAAGAAUAAUAAUUCUCGUUUUAUGGAAGAUGCUGGUGAACAUUCACGGUGUAGCGAUAACAUUAACGACGAGGAGCGUUUGUCAUUGGAGUUUAUGAUCGGAAAGUCAACAUCCACGGCGGAGCUACAGCCGCCACCACCGCCACCGUUCUUGGUAAAGACAUACAAAGUGGUGGAUGAGCCGACAACGGACGAGGUUAUAUCUUGGAACGAAGACGGAACUGGCUUCGUCGUGUGGCAGCCGGCAGAAUUCUCUAGAGAUCUGUUACCAACACUUUUCAAGCAUUGCAACUUCUCUAGCUUCGUUCGGCAGCUCAAUACUUACGGGUUUCGAAAAGUAACGACGAUAAGAUGGGAAUUUAGUAAUGAGAUGUUUCGAAAGGGGCAAAGAGAGCUUAUGAGCAAUAUCCGAAGAAGGAAGAGCCAACAUUGGUCACACAACAAGUCUCAUUAUCAGGUUGUACCAACAACAACGACGGUGAAGCAAGAAGAUCAUCAACGGAUUGGGACUGAUCAUCACCAUGAGGAUCAACGGUCUUCCGCCACUUCCUCCUCUUUUGUAUACACUGCAUUACUCGACGAAAACAAGUGCUUGAAGAAUGAAAACGAGUUAUUAAGCUGCGAACUGGGGAAAACCAAGAAGAAAUGCAAGCAGCUUAUGGAGUUGGUGGAGAGAUACAGAGAAUUAGACGAAGAUGAAACCGAUGAAAAUGAUGAUGAAGAAGAUGAUGGGCUUAAGUUGUUCGGAGUAAAACUUGAAUGAAACUAGAUCGCUAGAUUGAUAUUCAUUACCAGUUUCUUCAGACUCUUACAAGUUUUGCAUCCACUAUAGUACUCUUUUAAGACAUGCAUGCAAGAUCAGAAAGAAAUGUCGGAUUCUGUG